AUGGUUUCCCGAAAUCGCUCUGGCAGACGGAGAACUGCCGCUCUCGCCUUCUUCAUCGCUACCGUCGUUCUCCUAAACUACAAGGGCUUCUUGACAUUACCAAACUUUGAAGAAGCCAAACCCGACCGACCAGAACUUUCUCAAGCACCCGCAUGUGCUUCCUCCAUCGAUCAUCUCCGACGGUCGGCGUAUGGCCUUACGAGGGACGUCGUCUACCAGAAGCGAUGCAUUCGUCCUGUCGUGGACAAGAAAAUCGACAGCCAAAUCGUGUCACAGAACCCUGAUGCGUUGAUAAAAACAGGCCAAAUUGUUCAGCUUGACCAGGCUUGUGAAGGAUGGACCGAGCCGGCUUGCGAACCUGUUACCCUCAAGGUCCCUCCGCCGUACCCCCAACAGGACUACUCAGCAUUCAUCUUCGGAGUCGCGACGAGUCUUGGUCGCUUGAACGAAUCGCUCUCACAGUUUGAAAGCUGGCUCGGCAAUACGCAUGCACACCUACUAGCAGUCAUUACGGACCCUGGCGACGAGCACAAGUACAAAGCGGUUGCUGAGCAGUUUCGUCAGCGCGGCGUCGAACUGACAAUCAAGGAUCCAUGGAACAAAGCCAUCACACCGAACGAGCAGCAUUUUGCCAUCGUCCGUGAUCUUCUCGAACACGCUACACCCAAAACCCAGUGGGCAGCGAUUGUCGACGACGAUACUUUCUUCCCCUCACUGUACCCCAUGAGCCAAAUUCUUGCCAAGCAAGACCACAAGAUACCCGCGUAUAUCGGUGGCUUGUCGGAGAACUAUGAUGCGGUCAAGCAUCAUGGCUACAUGGCCUUUGGUGGAGCUGGGGUUUUCCUAAGCCAAGCUCUGCUUCGCGAACUAAACCCCCAUCUUGAGGAGUGUCUCAAGGUGGACCAUGUUCCUCAAGGUGACGGUCUUCUGAAGCAGUGCAUCUACAGCAAGACCAAGACAAAGCUUACAGUUGUCAAGGGACUCCACCAACUGGACAUGGGUGGAGAUAUGAGCGGGUUCUACGAGUCUGGCCGUCUUCCAAUGAGUCUCCAUCACUGGAAAUCAUGGCACCAGGCCCCUGUUGACAAGAUGGUCAAGAUCUCCGAGUUCUGCGGCAGCUGUUUCCUGCAGCGCUUCGCCUUUGGCUCCGACACCGUUCUGACAAACGGGUACAGCAUUGUGCAGUACUCGGCUGGAUUAGAGAGUGUAGAUCUGAACAAGAUGGAGGGAAGCUGGGAGGGCGCCAAAGGUUUCGAUUGGAGUCUAAGCCCAAUGCGAGCCAAGAUGGAUCGCCGACUGAAGAAGAGCUAUCGCCUUGUUGAUACAGAAGUAAUUGGGAAGAAUAUUCGGCAGAUCUACAUCCACCGUGUGGAGGAUGACAUUCCCGGGCCGGGCGAGAAGUCAAGUGACUCAAAGAACCCGCCGCCCAAGAUUGAGGAGAGGAAAGAUGAAGUGAUAGAAUUGCUGUGGGAGUUGUAG